AUGAGGAGAAGGCCCCUGGCAGCCAAAAUGAAGUCUCUGCUGUGUGUGUGCUGCUUGCUGUCUCUGCUGGCCGUCUCUGCUCUAGGGUCCUCCGUCCACGAUGAGGAGCCCCUGGUGCAUCUGCAGCUCCAGCACCCAGAGGGAGACCUCUUCUCCUGUGGAUGUGACACCACAGAGGAGCAUGCCAGCCAGAGCUCCUCCAACGACACCCCGGCCCCAGAGAGGCCCAUGUGUCAGCCCUGCAAACCGCCGUCAGCUGUAGAUACUGAAGAAGAGUCAACUUCCACCUCAGAGCAUGAAGAGGAGGAGGCGGAGGCAGCUUCUGCGGAGGAGGCUGCUUCCACUGAGGAGGGAGCAAGUGAUGGAGAGGAAGAGCAGGAGGAGGCAGCUUCCCAGGUAGAAGAGGUAGAGGUAGAGGAGGUGGAGGCUGUAGGAGAGGCUGAGGAUCCAAGUGUGGAAGAGGAGGAAGUAGCUGAGGAGGUUGCAUCAUCUGAAGAGGAGGAGGAGGAGGUAGCUGAGGUUGAGGAAGGUGAGGAAGAAGCAGAGGAGGAAUUACCUCAGGAGGAAGAAGAAGUGAAUGAACCUCAGGAAGAAGUUGCAGACGAGGACGAAGCUGCUGCUGAAGAAACAUUUGAAGAACCAGAAGGUGAGGACACGGAGGAGGACACGGAGGAGGCCGCUGAGGAGGAAAGUGUGGAAACUUUCAUACCUGAGGCUGCAGAGGAGGAAGCUGCUGAGGACGCAGCCGAGGAAGAGGUCGCAGUAGCUGAAUCCGAGCCAGAAACAGAACCAGAUACAGCUGAGGAAGAGGUUGCAGUGGCUGAAUCUGAACCAGAAUCAGAACCAGUUGAGCUUCCUCAAAUGGACUCUGAACCUGAGGAAACAGAGCCAGAAGCGAUAGCAGAAUCUGAGGAAGAACCAGAGGUGAUUGCAGAGCCUGAACCAGAACCAGAGGUGACUGCAGAGCCUGAACCAGAACCAGAGGUGACUGCAGAGCCAGAGAUCGAAGUGGUUGCGGAGCCAGAGCCUGAAGUCAUUUCAGAGCCGGAGGCGAUUCCAGAGCCUGAACCAGAACCGGAGGUCGUUCCUGAAGUGGAGCCAGAGCCUGUUGUGGAGGAGGUCACAUCAGAAUCUGUAGAGGAUGCAGCUGUGGAAGAGGAACCAUUGGAGGAGGCAUCAGUAGAUGCGGUCGAGGAGGCGACAGUGGAGGAGGUCACUGCAGAGGAGCCUGCAGAAGAGCCUGCGAAGUCUCAAACCAAAGAACGUGAGUCAGCCGGCCCGACGCUGAGGGACCGCUCCCACAUUGAGGACACGCUGCGAUUGGGUACGACUGAACCCUCAGCAGAGUUCACAGCUGCUAUGAAGAAGCUGUUGAACAUCUACCACACUACCAUCAGGCCAAUGGAGCAAGCCUACAAGUACAAUGAGCUCAGGCAGCAUGAAGUCACAGAUGGUGAGAUCACCUCUAAGCCCAUGGUUUUGUUCCUGGGUCCAUGGAGUGUCGGCAAGUCCUCCAUGAUCAACUACCUGCUGGGUCUUCACGGCACGCCACAGGAACUCUACACAGGCGCUGAGCCCACCACCUCAGAGUACACCGUCGUGAUGCACGGUGAGAAGUUCCGGUCCGUAGAGGGCAUCGUCAUGGCAGCAGACAGCUCGCGGUCCUUCUCGCCCCUGGAGAAGUUCGGCCAGGGCUUCCUGGAGAAGCUGGUGGGCAUCGAGAUGCCCCACAAGCUGCUGGAGAGGGUCACCUUCGUCGACACGCCUGGCAUCAUCGAAAACCGCAAGCAGCAGGAGAGAGGUUACCCCUACAACGACGUGUGCCAGUGGUUCAUCGACAGGGCCGACCUGAUCUUCCAGGUGUUCGACCCCACCAAGCUGGACGUGGGCGGGGAGCUGGAGAUGCUCUUCAAGCAGAUGAAGGGCCGCGAGUCCCAAAUUCGUCUCAUCCUCAACAAGGCCGACAGUCUUACCACCCAGGACCUGAUGAGGGUCUACGGGGCCCUGUUCUGGAGCAUGGCGCCCCUGAUCAACGUCACGGAGCCUCCUCGGGUGUACGUCAGCUCCUUCUGGCCCCAGGACUACAGUGUAGACACCAGCCGAGGGCUCUUCAUGAAGGAGGAGACCUCUCUGUUGGAGGACCUCAACCAGGUGAUUGAGAAUCAGAUGGAGAACAAGAUCGCUUUCAUCCGCCAGCAUGGCAUUCGUGUGCGCAUCCACGCCCUGCUGGUGGACCGUUAUCUCCAGACCUUCUCCGACAAGCUGGGCUGGUUCAGCGACUCCCACGAGGUGUUCCAGGACAUCGUCAAUGACCCGGACAAGUACUACAUCUUCAAAUCCAUUCUGGCCAAAACCAACGUCAGCAAGUUCGACCUGCCCAACAAGGAGGCCUACCAGGACUUCUUCGGCGUGAACCCGGUCUCCAGCUUCAAGCAGCUCUCCUCCCACUGCAGCUGGACUGGCGGCUGUCUGCUAGAGAAGCUGGAGAGGGCCAUCUCGUACGAGCUCCCGGCUCUGCUCAGCAGCGUCAGCAAGGCCGCAAACACGCCCGCCCCGGUGAAGGCUGCACCCGCACCUCCGCCUCCGCUCCCUGGCACCUGCGAGGGUCCUGGGUGUGAGGAGAAACCCAAGAAUCGCUGGAGGAGGCAGUGAGACGGAGGCGAGGGGUGCAAGAGGAGGAACAGAGGAGGCAGAUGGCGACAGCAGCCAGAGGGUUUUCCUGAAAUAAUCCUCACUGCUGUGAUUUUCAGAACUGGGUGUGGAGAGACUGAGCAGAGGGAGUAGAAAAUGUGCAAAGAUGUACCAAGCAGACCUGGGUUAACAACUCUCUGGUACACAUUGUUCUAUAUGACACCCUUCUGGUAUUUAGGUUGGUCAAAACAAAGAAUUCUUUUUGACCAUGGUUUAAAAUGUAGAAAAAAGGCUUGAAGUUUACUUUCCAUCUGACAGUCGAUUAGACUGUUGUCAGGCUAUUAAAUAGGCGUUAUCAGUCGCUGUAAGCCCCAUAGAUGUGGGUCAAUAGGGGCCUACCACACCCACUAGUAGGUUUUAUCAUCUAUUCACAUGGUAGAUCACCGAAAGAUGGUAUAAAAGAACACGACAGCGACCUCUACGGACUGUAGUAAUUAUUACCGAAUUAAUGAAUUAACACAAAACACAGGGCUUUCACCCAGAAGACUAGAGUUUGCAUCCCGCGUGAAACCAACAAUGUGAAGUUGUCUUUCUGUUCGUAGUUAUUUUAACCCAAAACCCGAUGUUUUCCCUAAACUUAACUAAGUGUUUUGCUUUUCUUUUUGACUAAACCUAAAGAAGUUGUAGUUUU